UUCUAGGUUACUCAAAUUUGGCUACCCAAACAAAACAUGAUGUUGUACAUGUUGCCAUUGGUAAUUCUUUUGUGUGUAUCCUCAUCAUCCGAAGCGUUUCGUGGAUUGCCAAGUUUGCCAGGAUACCUAACUGCAUUUGGAUCAGAUGGAAAUACUGAAGAUCAAAUCAGUAAUCGGUUUUAUAGUCGUGGAGUGAGAGUGAAGAAUUAUCCAAGAUAUGGUGGUCUGGAGAACCUCGCGGAGCCAAAAGAUAAAGACCCGGUUCUUGCUCAAAUCCGUCAAAGUGUACAAAUGGACAUUCAAAAAAUCAGUGACGAAGUCGGAUAUGUCUCCCGUCAGAUUUCUGCAAUCUACAAUAAUCAGAAGAUGAGCAAUGAGGAGAGAAAAAAGGAAAUCGAAGUACUCACUGAGAAAUAUCCAAAGAUAGUCCCUGCAGUUCUCAACUUGAUCGGAAAACUUCAUAAGAUUAACAACCACAAUUCAGUUCGCUACGAUAGAUUUUAAUUUUUGGGACUGUAUUGUAAUUCAGAAUAAAAUGUGAAAUGUUACUCUAUAGAACCUUACAUAUUUUGUGCACUGUAUGGAAUUUUCUCUAAUUAAUAAAAAUUUUUGGAACGACCUAA